CUAGAGAGCUUCCCCUAAGCUCUAAACCAAGAAAUACACUCAGACCAAAGGCCUCUCUUAACAGAGCUUUCAAAAAUAAGCUUGCAAAGCCGUUUCUGUUGGGAGCUAUUUUUGAGUCGGGGUCGUGGCAGACUCGAAACCCAUGGAGUGCUGAACAUUUCAAAACGUACGCUCCCUGGUAAGUUCAUUUACUGCAACGUUCAUCUUAAAAACCAUGAUACCUCCACUAUGGAACAGAUUAUUAUGUCGAAUGAACUCACGUACACGAUACAAUAGACGGGCAUUUGAUCCGCUUAGCUUUUCAACGGAAGCCCAGUCUGAGAUAAAGCUGAAGAUACCCUUGCGCUAUGAGCCAUACGGGGCGCGGCCUCCUCCGUCGGAUAAAAUCCUGAAGCUUGCAGAUGAAAUAGCUAAUCUGCCCCCUGAAGAAAGGCGGCAGAUUGGGCCCUGCCUCACAGACAAGCUCAGAGCACCCCGCUUGCAAAUGCUUUCAUCUGACGCAGCCAUGGCCAUGCCUGUUGCUGUGGGUGCUCCAAAAGUUGAAGAAAAGAAGGCGGAAAAGACUGCAUUUAAUGUCAAGCUGGAGAAAUUUGACAGUGCUGCUAAGAUCAAGGUUAUCAAGGAAGUUAGGGCGUUUACUGAUCUAGGGCUGAAGGAGGCCAAAGAGCUUGUUGAGAAGGCGCCUGUUAUUUUGAAGCAGGGGCUUACUAAAGAAGCGGCGAACGAAAUUAUAGAGAAGAUCAAGGUCGCUGGAGGCGUCGCAAUUAUGGAAUGAAAUACGGUUGACAUUCUUGCAUUAGGGUUAAACCAAUCCCAGCUUCUAAGGUGACAUUAUUGUUUAAUGAAUAGUUUGGAAGAAUCAAGCAUGGAGUAUGGAUGACACAGAAAUGUUUGUCCAAAUCAAGGUAUCUGUGGACAAACAACAAAUCUAAGUGGCAUCACCAGUAACUUCCAAUUCAAGUUAUCUUAAAGCUGUGUUUGGAGUAAGUUUAAAGCAUCCAGUCAACUAACUUCAUGAUCUUAUUGCUGAUUCCAAUUUUUGUGUUGAUAAUGUUUCUUUUUAGAACAAGUGAUCACAUAUAUUUUACAAAUUUCUCCUUGGACUAAAGCUCUUAUUUGGUGACGGUACCCUGAAUUGGAUGGUAAAGAUUCCACCUCACAAGCAAUUUUAUCCUCAAGCAUCUCACUACUAUCAUCAAAUGAAGUCCCUCAAAUGCUUUUUCCCUCGCGCACUUUUGCUUUUGCUUCCAUUGGCCAUUUCAAUGCUUCUCUUUCAAAAUCAACAAUCUUUACCAAAAUCAUGGGCUCCGUAUCAUCAAUAAUCCAAUCUUAUGAAUUCAAGUCAAUCACGUAAUGAGUCUCUUAUAACCUCCAUUUUUUUAAUGUGGAAACAAAGGUUGUGUUGUGCAAAAUAUGAGGUCAUUGUAGUGCUUCCGGGUCAAUAAAUUAUGUUCUAUUAAAAUGGGCCUCAAAUGUGCUUUAGUUGCACUGACUUUAAGGGUCACAAGGUUGAGAUGAGAGGCAGAUGCCAAUUUUUGGUGUUUUUGAUAUGAGAAGUAUACUAGAAAAUAUAGCUUUAUGACAGAACCAAACACUCCCCCCCCCCACCCUCUCUCUGUCUCUCUCUAUACAGCUUUGGCUUCAUGUUUGAUUCAUUUCUCAUGGAAUGAUUUCUUCAAACAUGGAAAUUGUUGAAUUUU